UGUGUCAAACACCGAGAAACAUCAGUGCGGCGACCACCAAGGGCGCCUAGCAAAAUGGCCAACUACCGACAGCAAGGCCACAUGGUUGGGAGGGAAAGCCCGCCGGCAGGAGUGUCUGGGAACAACGAUGAAUCGCAAGUUGCCCGCUUUUAUCAAGGUCAAGUGGUAUUCAUCACGGGAGGAACUAGCUUCAUCGGAAAGGUCUUGCUCGAAAAAUUGCUCCGAUCUUGUCCCGUUAAGCGCAUCUAUCUGUUGGUACGCAACAAGAACGACGUGGAACCCGAUGCCAGAGUGGAAUCUAUGCUCAGUUCUGAAAUGUUCCAACGAGUCAGACUAGAAGUGCCUGAGGCUCUUGGUAAAGUGAAGGCAGUUGCGGGCGACGUAGCUCAACCAGGUCUGGGGCUAAGUGAUGCUGACAAGCGCAUUUUAGUCGACGAGGUAUCGAUGGUCUUCCACCUGGCAGCCACAAUCAGGCCCAACGAAACAUUCAAGCAGGCUGUUCAGCUGAAAGUUUUGGGCACACGACGUAUAUUGGACCUCUGUAAACAAAUGCGAAGCCUUUGUGCCCUUGUACACGUAUCAACGGUGUAUAGCAACUGGGGCAAAAAGGAAGUACACGAGAUGGUGUACCAAACCCCCAUCGAAACACAUAAAGUUAUUGAGGCCACUCAAUAUGCCAACGUGGAGACAACAGAACCUGCGAAGAAGCUGUUAAUUGGGCAGCCGAAUAAUUACAUUCUGACAAAUGCCGUCAUCGAGUCACUGCUUUUGGACGAACGGGGACAGCUGCCUCUCGCUAUUGUCCGGCCCUCGAUUGUCACUGCGUCGUGGAAAGAUCCUUUUCCGGGAUGGACAGACAGUUCUAACAGCUGCACCAACAUCAUCGUGUCGCUAGGUUUGGGUCUGCUGCCAUCGGUAGUACUGAGGAACAACUGCCUUGCAGACCUUAUUCCGGUUGAUGUGGCAGCCGACACGCUCAUCUGCGUUGCUUGGCAGAUUGCCGUGACCAGGCCAACGUACCUGAGAGUGUACAACUGCACUAGCGGUGCUUUAAAACCACACACGUGGGGCGACGUAGUCAAGGAAUUACGGAGAACGAUGGUACAGAACCCUCUUUCGAAUACCGGUAGCCAACCAAGCUUUAUGGUGACCAGCAGCGAAGUCUUGCAUCGCCUCACUCUCUACAGCCUGCGCUUCGUACCCGAGUUCUUGAAAGAUCUCGGCUUGCGGAUAACUGGACGACAGUCUAGUUUUGCUGAUCGGUACGACAAAGCCAUAAAUGUCAUGAACGCCUUGCAGCUCUACACCACAAAGAGCUGGCUGUUCCGGUCAAACAACGUUGUCGGGCUGAUCAACGACCUCUCUCCCACGGACAAGCAGUUGUUCAAUAUUGACGUGCGGAAACUGGAGUGGUGCCAAUACUGGGAUCAGUGCGUGCUGGGAAUCCGGAAGUUCCUCUUCAAGACCGACGGCUCGGAGCUUCCAGAUUCACGAAAACAAUCAAGACGGCUCAACACAGUACGCUGGCUCGGAUACCUGGCCCUGGCCGUUCUUGCGUGGCGACUUGCGAUAACGCCAAUGCCUUGGUACAUCUCCUGCUCAAUACGUCACCUUGCCACGGGACUCUAUGACAAGCUUGCUUUCCAGUGACUUCUGUAAUCCUCACCAUUGAAAACAAGAGAAAGAGAGAGAGAAGCAAGGAUAGACAGGGAAGUAGAAGCUCGUCCGGUUUGCUACCCUCCACUGGGGGAGAGGGAUAAAGGGGCAAAAAGAGUGACAGAAGAAAAGAGAGGGAUGGAAAGAAACGCAAGCACACUUGGGGGAGCACAUCCAGUCUACAGGCGGUCACACAGACCAUAGAGUUUCCUAAAGUUAACUAGAGGGGACUCUGGCGCUGCGAUCGUUAAGCCACCAUGGGAAGGAUGGGUAGUACACGGAUUUGCCUAGUCUUCGUACUUGCGGGCUUCGAACGACCUUGUGACUUUGUUUAUUGCUGUGUUUUGGUUUUCUUUCGGAUAAAAGAAUGAGUCGUUGUGAACUUCGUGACCAGAUUUUAAUUGGUGAGCCUAAAAAGGUUAAAGUGGUGACGUGGAACUGCCGACUUUUGCGCAACUUCGCUUGCUACAAAGCGGAUGCAGGCAACGCGUAGCGAAACGGAGUCCAAAGAACGAAGUUUAGACAAAUCCGUGUACUACCCAUCAUUGUCAUGCUGGCUCAAGCGCCAUGCGUUGCAGCCUCUAUAGACACUAGCGCCAGAGUUCCCUCUAGUAAGUACUGUAGGAAACUCUAUGACAAAACCCUUUUGACUACAAGUACUUCAGUAACGCUUUCUUCGCUUUCUGUGCCUCCGAGUCGCAUGACCACGGUCCUAGAAUCUUGGGUGCAGAAAAUUGUCUCGAGUCCAGUUGGCCCAAAAGCAUCCGGAGCGGGCAUCGCUGGUUGUCAUAACGAGCUCAGCCGCGCGGGAUGUGUUCAACUGCCUCUUCGGCUGCGCAGGAGUCGCAAGUAGAGGUGUCCUCCAUCGAAGACAAAACGUACGACAAAGUAUUGUGGGCAAGGCGAAGCACCCGUAUCUUCUAGAGAGAAACAAUUGUUUCUUUGUCUGGAAAAUAUGAAGCUAGUUUGAUGCAGCGGUGAAUUCGCUAGCCUAGUCCCGCUUCGACAAAUUUCCUGUCAAAUUGCGAAGUCACCUCUGGAGCCACAUUUGUACCCUCUACAGCCCUUGUCAUUUUAGUGUUCUCGGAUAACAAAUGCUCCACCCGUCUUUUAACAUUAAAGACUAGCAAGCGAAAUUUCGACAGUCAACGCUUUAAAUACACAAUAUUAGCAACAAUUCUUCAAAACCGACUGGAAGUUUUGCUUAAUAUCAGUGUAUCCUGCCCUGGCUCUUUGUAGAAGUAUAAGAAAUGUGCCUGUGAAACAGCUUUCUCGACUCACUGGCGCUCAGUCAUACACUUAUAAUUAUAAAAAGUGCGACAUCUGUGUACAGAUUCCCGUGUUCAUAGACCAUUCUUCAUGCUAAAGAUUCCUUGCUCCCUGUACAUAAAGGGGCCCUCUUACACUUUGCAAGACCCCAUUUUCUUUGUUAUAUUAUUCCAUGUUGUUGUAGUACUCCUUGAUGAGGUGUUUAUCAGCGAUUUUUUAAAAUAUUAUCAAUUAAAAAUAUAGUU